AUGAAUGCUCCGCUUUCGUCCAUUUUCCCCGUCUUCCCUGCGUUUCCAUUUCUGGUCAGUUGAUAGAAACAGUUGGAACUUGCUAUGAUUUUUCCGACCUCCUUUUUUGUUAUUUCCGCCUAAGCUUUGCAUAAACGAGAAGCAUUCUAACAGCCACCCUCUCCGAUUAACUUUCCUUGCGAUUUGCAAAAAGGUGUAGCCGUCUUUGGGAGUUGAAUUCUCCACAGAGCUUGUCACUCGUCCGUCGGAAAUUUCAUGAAUCUCCCAUUGACCAAACUCGUUUUGACUCCUGAAUAAAGCCAAGAUCCAAGAAUCGCCAAAACGAGCUUGAACUGGCGAGCCAAACUGGAAGAAAUUCAGAAGGAAGACAAGGCAGAGAAAGCUAUGAGCCGUGUGUUUCAAGGAGAUUCCUUUGUAAUUGGCAGGCUCAGAAGCAUCGUUCGACGCCUUCAGAACUGAGCCCACCUCCAUUCGUACUCGAAGACGUCGCGAGAUUCUGUGCAACCCCUUCCUAUGGCCGACGAAGAAUAUCUGCCUCAGUACUGCUGCAGACAGAGCGAGUCGUCGCUUUGGUUCGACUUCGAGAACUAUGCGAAUUGCUUCGAGACAAUUGA